AUGCAGAUCUUCUCGCUCUGCAUACUGUUGUCUUCCUAUUUCAUUUACAACUCGAUGGGGGCAAUCGAUGAGCAGGCUCCGGGCCGUCGGUCGAAGAGGCUGCUGCAGGCGGACAGCAGGGUCAGGGAGGAGAAGAACGAUCAGGCCGAGCAGCUCCGCGCCGAGAAGGAGAACUUGCGGCUCCGCCAGGCGCUGAACCACGAGCUGAAGCGCGCGGGGCCUCGGGCGCAGGCCAGCAGUGCUCGGCCGCCUUCUCACGCUGGCGAGCAGGACGCGCCCAGGCUCGAUGGGCACCUCAGCAUAGACCUGGCGGAGGGGGUGCUGCUGAUCCCACUGGCCGGCAGCAUCUUGCGGCUGAAGCUGGCGGGGAUCGAGAGCGUCACGAGAACGCUGGACGAGGGAUGCGCCCAGCUGCGCGUGAGGUUUUUCGAGGCGGGGGGCCAGCAGGAGGCAGUCUCCGAGCAGCGCUUCCGUGGCGGGGCGGCGGGCUGCUUCGACGAGGUGCUGAGCUGUUGGCGCAGCUUCGAGGCGUCCAGGGCGAAGGCGAGCCUACCAGACGACAGCCAGGACUUGGGGCAGCUGGUGGUGCUGGAGUCUCCUCCGCGCCUGCCUGGCAUCGCCUUGCACCCAAAGACCGCAGCGAAGGACGCCUGUGCGCUGGAGGCCCAUACCAACGGCUUCCGCAUCGCCACCCAGUCCAGCAGCGGCGGCUUCGACGUGCUCUACUCCUGGGUCAGGCACGUGUUCUUCGAGCCCCCGCUCCAGCCAGAUGAUGAGCCCAGUGGCGACCGCUUGGCGUUCCUGCACCUCCACCUGAAGGCGCCCCGAGCCCUGGGCGAGCUGAAGAAGCCCACGUCCGACGUCCAGUUCCGCGUCGAGUCCGACGCGGCCACCGCGCUCCGCGCCUUCCUGCGGGGAGCGGCGCGGCUGGCGGCGCCCGGCCUGAACCCCGGCCUCGCCCGGGGGCUCCAGUUCGAAGGGCAGACGCGCAGCCAGGGGGCGAGGACGAGUUACUGCUUCUACGGUGGCGUGCUGACGCUCCUGAACGCGUGGCCUCACGGGACGGUCGUCGUCGACAUGUCGGACGUGGACGUCGUGGUGUUCGAGGUCGAAAGCUGCGCCGCCGCCCUGGCCAGCAUGGUGCUCAUAAUGAAGGACCGGGAGCGUCACCCAGUCCGUGUGGAUGAGAUCGUGGUGGCUGAGAUGGGCUUGCUGCAACGGAAGCUCCUGUCGCUCAAGACGACCUGGCUCAGGGUGUCUGGCAGACAGGACUGGAGGAGGAGGGUGCGGGAAGUCUCGAGGGAUCCGGACAAGUUUGCAGCCGACGGUGGUUGGGAGGCGCUCUUGUGCGCGAUUCUCGUGGCGCCCGACAUCCCUGCAGACGCGGGCAGCGACGCGCAGGAGGAGGCGGAGGAGGAGGGCGACUGGGCGCACAGGGACGACCAGCCGGACGAGGACGAGGUGGAGGAGGAUGGGGACGACGAGAAGGACGAGGCGGACGAGCAGAUGGAGCUGCCCAAGCCCAAGAGGCGCAAGAGCCGCCCCGCGGCGUAACCUCGUGUAGUUUUAGUGUGCUGAGGUACGGGGCCCAGAAAGGGCAGGCCCUAUGCGAUCAAAGCGCGAUAGGGCAGCGUGGGCCGGCACGCAGGGCUGCCACAGCGCUGGCGUGGCAGGCGCCCCGCGGGAGCGCGCCGGACGCCAG